AUGGGAACAGUGAAGCGUGUUGCCGUGAUUGGUGCCGGUCCGGCAGGGGCCAUCACAAUCGAUGCACUUGCGCAAGAGAAGACAUUUGAGGUUAUCAGAGUGUUUGAGCGACGAGAAGGUCCAGGAGGGUGUUGGAUCGGCGACGAUACGCCGCCGCCCAUUAUCUCAGAUUUUGAUGCUCUUGCCGCACGAAGCGCUGACCAGCCUCUCCCAAUCCCUAACUUGCUGCCAGCGGAGACCCCAAAGUCGCCACAACUUCGUUUUCACGAAUCUGCAAUGUAUCCUUACCUGGAGACUAAUGUCGAUCAUGUGCCGAUGCAAUUCAGUCAGGAGCUGAUCGCAGCUGAAACAAGUGACUGGUCUCGGAGCCUAUAUGGACCUGACACCCCAUUCAGGCAUUGGAAAGUAUUGCGGAGAUACAUAGAAAGUUUGGUACAGCGACGCGGGUACGAAGACUUGGUAUCUUAUGACACGAGCGUUGAGUUGGUAGAAAAGAUGGGAACUGAAUGGAGGGUCGUGUUGCGAAAAUCAAAAACCUCAUCAAAGACGAAUUACUGGUGGGAGGAGCGGUUCGAUGCUGUCGUCGUUGCCAGUGGACACUAUUGGGUCCCCUAUAUCCCUCAUGUGGAUGGACUCAGUGCCUUCGCCAGUGCACGACCGGGCAGUGUAAUCCACAGCAAACACUUUCGAGGGCGUAACAAUUUCCGUGGCCAGCGAGUUGUGGUGGUAGGAGCCUCCGUGUCAGCAGCAGAUAUUGCCUACGAUCUAGUGGGAACCGCACAAUCACCAGUAUACGCCGUUGUCAUUGGCCACAAUUUCAAUAACUACUUUGGAGAUGAGGCUUUCAACCACCCAGGCAUUGACAACCGCCCUUCCAUCGAUCGGAUUAAAGCUGGCAGCCGGACCGUGCACUUCAAGGACGGCACAGCGGUUUCUGACGUGGACAGUAUCGUCUUCGGCACUGGAUUCACUUGGACGUUGCCGUUUCUUCCUGGGGUUGAAGUGCGAAAUAACCGUGUUCCCUUGCUCUACCAGCACGUCGUUUACAGAAAGGACCCAAGACUGCUGUUUGUAGGAGCAGUCAACGCCGGUCUGACUUUCAAGAUCUUCGAGUGGCAGGCCGUGCUAGCGGCUCGAAUCUUGGCCGGAAGAGCGAAUCUGCCAAGUUCUGCCGAACAACAGAUCUGGGAGGAAGAUCGAAUCAAAUCGCGAGGUGAUGGCCCCAGGUUCGGACUCAUUCACCCAGAGUUUGAAGAGUACUUCAAUGAACUCCGUCAACUAGCUGGGCCUGACAAGGAGGGGUUUGGACGUCACCUACCACUUUUUGAUCCUGAGUGGUUCAAUCGGUUUAUGAAGGGCCACGAGUUGCGCAAGCAUAUGUGGAGGAGUCUUAACGAGAAAGCUCGGACAGAUAGUCAAAAGUCGCAACCAGGAAGUCAAACGGAGGGAAGUUUGGACCUGGCGGUGUGUAUCCUGGUCGAUCUGACCUCACAGGACUCAAGUCACGAAUAUCAGGAUUGA